UGGUGGACUCUCCAUUCGUGCCGUGCAUACAAAAUAUUCCCAAAAAAAAUAAAACAAAUUUUCGCCGCCCCUCCAUUUCCUCUUACCAAAGGAGAGAGAGACGUUUCAGGAGAGAGAGAGAGAGAGAAACGUCAAGAGGAAGGGAUGGUGAGUCUUCUUCCUUCAUUCUUCCCUGAAACAGCAUCCUCUGCAAAUUUGAUCCUGGCAACCGUGAAGCGUGCAUACAACCUCUUGAACCCUCUCAUUUGAGAUGGAAGAAUCAGUGAAAACCCCCCAAAUCUCAGAUAUGUUGCAGCGGUUCGCCAUUGCCUGUAAGACCCGAACCAUCGAAUUCUUUGCUGAAGAAGAAGAAGAACAACAAGAAGAAGAAGACGGUCAUGGCACCGUGGGUGCUGAAUCUGUGGACGAGUUUAUCACAGACCAAAAGGUGGUGGUGAUCAAACCAGACACACCCAAGAACACAUUACCUCAAAACAUGGACGGCAGCAACAAGGAGGAUUCCAUUGAGGAUAGAUACCAGGCAUUGGAAGCCCUAAUCUCGUGCAUCUUUGCCAAUGUCUCAGCUGUGAAAGGGGCAUAUGUUCAGUUACAGACGGCGCACACACCGUUUGAAGUCGAUAACAUCAAGGCGGCUGAUAGAGCCGUGAUUUCUCAGCUACAAAAGCUUUCGGAGCUCAAACGCUUGUAUGCGAAGGAUCUGCCAUCCUCCUCCUCGUCGUUCGAGUGCUCCCAAUUGGAAGCGAGGGUACAAGAGAGGCAGAGCAUGCUCAGGACUUACGAGAUGAUGGUGAACCGUCUGCAGUCCGAGAUCGACUUGAAGGACGCGGAGGUCUGUUUCCUGAGAGAAGAGAUGGAGAGGGUUAAUGGGUUGUGCUCAAAAUUGGAGAAGAAGUUGAAGGAGGAGAACAGCAUUCUUCUCUCGGUUGGGGUUUUUGAUUCUUUGCUGCAAGAGAGCCUCAGAGGGGCUCACAGCUUCACAAAGAUGCUUAUCGACAGGAUGAGAGAGGCGGGCUGGAAUUUGGAUUUGGCUGCAAAUUCGAUUCAUAAGAAUGUCAACUAUGCAAAGAGAGGGCACAACCGCUACGCCUUCCUUUCCUACGUUUGCUUGGGGAUGUUUAGUGGGUUCGACAAGGAGGACUUUUGCUGCUCCACCAUGAAGAAGACGAAGCAGAAGAUUGAUAGUGAUGUCGAUGAAGAAUUGGAGCUAUACUUUGCUGAACUGAUGAGCUUGAAUGGAGGUGAGGUUGAUGAGGGCCUCAGAGCUUUGAGUUGCGAUGUUGGGUUUGUUAGGUAUUGCAGGGAAAAGUAUUUGAAACUCAUUCACCCAAGAAUGGAGGAGGAGCAGGUGGAGGGUUCCAUGCCCGCACUGCACAUGGCAUUUUUGAAGAUGGCUAGAUCCGUCUGGUUGCUUCAUAAGCUGGCUUUCUCAUUUGAACCAAGGGUCCGGAUCUUCCAAGUGAGGAAGGGGUUGGAUUUCUCUAUGGUUUACAUGGAAGACGUUGCUCGAAGAGGCGUUUUUCCGACCCAACAACAACGAAGGGGAAGGGCCAAGGUUGCUUUCACCGUUGUUCCUGGUUUCAGGAUUGGAAAGACCAUUAUUCAGUGUCAGGUGUACCUAGUCUGAUUUUCUUAACAUCCAUGAAAUGCUUAAAAUGUACAGAUUUGUUACAGUUUGUGUUUGUUUAUAGCUCAAGCGGUGCCAUUGCUGUUGAAAAUAGCUGUCUCUCUGAAAGAGAAUGUUUCUUUAUAGUGAAAAAGGUUCUGAACACUUACUCCUCUCGGGUGUGGAGCUAUUAAUCAUUUUGGAUGCUAAGGCUAACAUUGACAACUAUCAUUUGGAAAGGAAAGAGCAAGCGAGAUCCACUAUACUUUGUUGUUGUUUUUGUUGUUCUUAUCUAUAUGGUUAAGAGUUGCUGCUUAGCCUGAGUGGACCUUGAUCAUAUCAAGUGGAUGAAAGUGAACGAUAGUGGCAAUGAAGUUAGUGAAUUGAAAAAGAGAAGGCCCUGGCUGGGUUAAUGGGAUUGGCCCUUCUGGCAUGACUGUCCUGGGUCCUCUGUCUGGGUUGCUAGACCUGUGUGAAAAUUGUGACUCCUUCUGUGGUGCUCCUGCUUCAGGUGUUGAGAAAGUUUAUGGUUUGCAUUUUUUUCUUUUGUUGUGAGCUUUUCCGUAAGGGUUUGGUUUGGCACCCAUGUACAGCGGUACAGUUCUCCAACAAAUUUCUUCCUAAGCUCUAAUUUCCUAUUAUGUAUAUUUUUAUGCUUGAGUUCCCUGCUGUUGUGGUGUCAUUGAUCAUAAUACCCAUUCUUUUUUUCUUUUUCUUUUUUUAAUUUAUAUAUGUAACAAUGUAACAACUUCAAAGAAAUGUUUGACAACCAUUUUAUCAGAGAUGAAUAUCGAGAACUUUGAAUAUGUCAAA